GGAGGAGGAGGAGGAGGAGGAGGGAGCUGGGGGAGGAUCUCCAUUGAAAUAAACAACCAGGCAGCAGUUAUUAACACGGGAACAUGGCGGCCGCAGCCUGGGCUCCCGCGGCUGCGGCGAAGGUCAGCGCCGACGGCAGCCGGCACCUGACGGCGUGACGGCCCCACUGAUUCUGCUCAGAUUUGGCUUCAAAUGAACAAAUCUUCUGCACUGUGUACAGGCACAGCUGCUGAUAUGUGUUCAAGAUGAGUGGGAUGGGAGAAAACACCUCUGACCCAUCCAGGGCAGAGACAAGAAAACGCAAGGAAUGCACUGACCAGCUUGGACCCAGUCCCAAAAGGAGCACCGAGAAACGUAAUCGUGAGCAGGAGAAUAAGUACAUAGAAGAACUUGCAGAGCUGAUUUUUGCAAAUUUUAAUGAUAUCGACAACUUCAACUUCAAACCUGACAAAUGUGCAAUCUUAAAAGAAACUGUGAAGCAGAUUCGCCAGAUCAAGGAGCAAGAGAAAGCAGCAGCGGCCAACAUAGAUGAAGUGCAGAAGUCAGAUGUGUCGUCCACAGGGCAGGGUGUCAUCGACAAGGAUGCGCUGGGGCCUAUGAUGCUUGAGGCCCUCGAUGGCUUCUUCUUUGUGGUGAACCUAGAAGGCAAUGUGGUGUUUGUGUCGGAGAAUGUGACACAAUACCUAAGGUAUAACCAGGAAGAACUGAUGAACAAGAGUGUCUACAGCAUCCUGCAUGUCGGGGACCACACUGAAUUUGUCAAGAACCUGCUGCCGAAGUCCAUAGUGAAUGGGGGAUCUUGGUCUGGUGAACCUCCCAGGCGGAACAGCCAUACCUUCAACUGUCGGAUGCUGGUGAAGCCUUUACCUGAUUCAGAAGAGGAUGGCCAUGAGAACCAGGAAGCGCACCAGAAAUAUGAAGCUAUGCAGUGCUUUGCUGUGUCUCAGCCUAAGUCCAUCAAAGAGGAAGGAGAAGAUUUGCAGUCCUGCUUGAUUUGUGUGGCACGAAGAGUCCCCAUGAAGGAAAGACCAGCCCUUCCCUCAUCAGAGAGCUUUACCACCCGCCAAGACCUCCAAGGCAAGAUCACUUCUCUGGACACCAGUACCAUGAGAGCUGCCAUGAAACCGGGCUGGGAGGAUCUGGUGAGAAGAUGCAUUCAGAAGUUCCACACACAGCACGAAGGGGAGUCUCUGUCCUACGCGAAGAGACAUCAUCACGAAGUUCUGAGACAAGGCUUGGCAUUUAGUCAAAUCUACCGUUUUUCUUUGUCCGAUGGCACUCUUGUUGCUGCACAGACGAAAAGCAAACUCAUCCGUUCUCAGACAACUAACGAGCCUCAGCUUGUAAUAUCCUUACACAUGCUUCACAGAGAGCAGAAUGUAUGUGUAAUGAAUCCGGAUAUGACUGGACAAGCUAUGGGGAAGCCAUUGAAUCCAAUUAGCUCUAGCAGCCCUGCCCAUCAGGCCAUGUGCAGUGGGAACCCAGGUCAGGACAUGACCCUCAGUAGCAAUAUAAAUUUUCCCAUGAAUGGCCCAAAGGAACAAAUGGGCAUGCCUCUGGGCAGGUUUGGUGGUUCUGGGGGCAUGAACCAUGUAUCAGGCAUGCAGGCAACCACUCCUCAGGGUAGUAACUAUGCACUCAAAAUGAACAGUCCCUCACAAGGCAGCCCCGGCAUGAACCCAGGGCAACCCACCUCCAUGCUCUCACCACGGCAUCGCAUGAGCCCCGGCGUGGCUGGCAGUCCUCGCAUCCCACCCAGUCAGUUUUCCCCUGCAGGAAGCUUGCAUUCCCCUGUGGGAGUUUGCAGCAGCACAGGAAAUAGCCAUAGUUAUACCAACAGUUCCCUCAAUGCACUGCAAGCCCUCAGCGAGGGCCAUGGGGUCUCAUUAGGGUCAUCGUUGGCUUCACCGGACCUAAAAAUGGGCAAUUUGCAAAACUCCCCAGUUAAUAUGAAUCCUCCCCCACUCAGCAAGAUGGGAAGCUUGGACUCCAAAGACUGUUUUGGACUUUAUGGGGAGCCAUCGGAAGGUACAACUGGACAAGCAGAGACCAGCUGCCAUCCUGGAGAACAAAAGGAGCCCAAUGAUUCCAGCAUGCCCCAGGCGGCCAGCGGGGAGAGGGCCGAGGGACACAGCCGGCUACAUGACAACAAAGGGCAGACCAAACUUCUCCAGCUGCUGACCACCAAGUCUGACCAGAUGGAGCCUUCGCCCUUGCCCAGUUCUUUGUCAGACACAAGCAAGGACUCUGCGGGUAGCUUGCCUGGGCCUGGGUCAACACAUGGCACCUCGCUCAAGGAGAAGCAUAAGAUUUUGCACAGACUCUUACAGGACAGUAGCUCCCCUGUGGACUUGGCCAAGUUGACAGCAGAAGCCACAGGCAAAGAGCUGAGCCAGGAGUCCAGCAGCACAGCUCCUGGGUCAGAAGUGACUGUCAAGCCAGAGCCAGUGAGCCCCAAGAAGAAAGAGAAUGCACUACUUCGCUAUUUGCUCGAUAAAGAUGAUACUAAAGAUAUUGGUUUACCGGAAAUAACCCCCAAACUCGAGCGACUGGACAGUAAGACAGAUCCUGCCAGUAAUACGAAACUAAUAGCUAUGAAAACUGUGAAAGAGGAGAUGAGCUUUGAACCCAGUGACCAGCCUGGCAGCGAGCUGGACAACCUGGAAGAGAUUUUGGAUGAUUUGCAAAAUAGUCAAUUACCACAGCUUUUCCCAGACACAAGGCCAGGAGCCCCUGCUGGGUCAGUUGACAAGCAAGCCAUCAUCAAUGACCUCAUGCAACUCACCGCGGACAGCAGUCCCGUUGCACCUGUUGGAGCCCAGAAAGCAGCGCUGCGAAUGUCACAGAGCACUUUUAAUAACCCACGACCAGGGCAACUGGGCAGGUUAUUGCCAAACCAGAACUUACCACUUGACAUCACAUUGCAAAGCCCAACUGGUGCUGGACCUUUCCCACCAAUCAGAAACAAUAGCCCCUACUCAGUGAUACCUCAGCCAGGAAUGAUGGGUAAUCAAGGGAUGCUAGGAAGCCAAGGAAACUUAGGGAACAAUAGCACAGGAAUGAUUGGCAGUAGCACUUCUCGGCCCGCCAUGCCUUCUGGGGAAUGGGCACCACAGAGUACAGCUGUGAGAGUCACUUGUGCUGCUACUACUGGUGCCAUGAACCGGCCAAUCCAAGGAGGCAUGAUUCGGAACCCAACAGCCAGCAUCCCCAUGCGAGCCAACAGCCAGCCUGGCCAAAGACAGAUGCUUCAGUCUCAGGUCAUGAACAUAGGGCCUUCGGAGUUAGAAAUGAACAUGGGAGGACCUCAGUAUAAUCAACAGCAAGCUCCUCCAAAUCAAACUGCCCCAUGGCCUGAGAGCAUCUUGCCUAUAGACCAGGCAUCUUUUGCCAGCCAGAACAGGCAGCCAUUUGGCAGCUCCCCCGAUGACCUGCUGUGUCCACAUCCUGCAGCAGAGUCUCCCAGCGAUGAGGGUGCUCUUCUGGACCAGCUGUAUCUGGCCUUGCGGAACUUCGAUGGCCUCGAGGAGAUUGAUAGAGCUCUGGGGAUCCCAGAACUGGUCAGCCAGAGCCAAGCUGUAGAUCCAGAACAGUUCUCAAAUCAAGAGUCCAACAUGAUGCUGGAGCAGAAGGCCCCUGUUUUCCCACAGCAGUAUGCGUCUCAGGCACAGAUGGCCCAGGGUAGCUACAAUCCCAUGCAAGAUCCAAACUUUCACACCAUGGGACAGCGGCCUAAUUACACCACACUCCGUAUGCAGCCCCGGCCAGGGCUCAGGCCCACGGGCCUCGUGCAGAACCAGCCAAACCAACUGAGACUUCAACUUCAGCAUCGCCUCCAAGCACAGCAGAAUCGCCAGCCACUUAUGAAUCAAAUCAGCAAUGUUUCAAAUGUGAACUUGACUCUGAGGCCUGGAGUACCAGCACAGGCUCCUAUUAAUGCCCAGAUGCUGGCCCAGAGGCAGAGGGAAAUCCUCAACCAGCAUCUUCGGCAGAGACAAAUGCAUCAGCAGCAGCAGGUGCAGCAGCGAAGUCUGAUGAUGAGAGGGCAAGGGCUGAAUAUGACCCCGAGCAUGGUGGCCCCUAGUGGUGUGCCAGCAACCAUGGGCAAUCCCCGCAUUCCCCAGGCCAAUGCUCAGCAGUUUCCAUUUCCUCCAAACUACGGAAUAAGUCAACAACCUGAUCCUGGUUUUACUGGGGCUACGACACCCCAGAGUCCUUUAAUGUCCCCCCGGAUGGCACACACCCAGAGUCCCAUGAUGCAGCAAUCUCAAGCCAACCCAGCCUACCAGCCCCCCUCGGACAUGAACGGAUGGGCACAGGGGAGCAUGGGCGGAAACAGCAUGUUUUCACAGCAGUCUCCACCACACUUCGGGCAACAAGCAAACACCAGCAUGUACAAUAACAACAUGAACAUCAAUGUGUCCAUGGCAACCAACACAGGUGGCUUGAGCAACAUGAACCAGAUGACAGGACAGAUCAGUAUGACCUCAGUGACCUCCGUGCCUACGUCGGGGCUGUCCUCCAUGGGUCCUGAGCAGGUAAAUGACCCUGCUCUGAGGGGAGGCAACCUUUUCCCAAACCAACUGCCUGGAAUGGACAUGAUCAAGCAGGAGGGAGAUGCAUCUCGGAAAUACUGCUGACCCUACAGGUAGCAGUCUGCUUCUAUCUUCAACCCACGGGGCUUACUUGCUCCAAACACUGACCAGUCUGCAGAGCUGCGUCUCUUUAUUCUGACCCACCUGACCUGCCACCGGUUCCCCCAGGACACAUCAGCAGACAGUUGGGCGCUGGCCCCAGCAGAGAGUGUGCUGGCUUGGCUGUCACUGGAAGCGCUGCCUCUCCUGCCAGCCUGAAGCUCGCCUCCAGACCAUCUCGCAGUCUGUCCACUGCAUUCACCUUAGUGCAACUUAGAUCUCUCCUGCAAAGAAUAUGUGGACAGGCAAACGUCAUGCCCAUUCAGAUUGAAUGUAUCUAAAUGUAUGUAUCUAAGGAGAACCAUGCUCUUGUUCUGUUCCUGUUGAGUUCCACACACUGGGUUCUUGCUUUGUUUUCUUGGCUAAUCAGUCUAGUACAAAAGAUUACGAUCCUGUCUAGAGAAAAGAAAGGAAUUUUUUAACAAAGUCAAACACAAGGUGUUGUAAGCUAAAUCCUGCAUUUGGGAUGGAAGCAGGGCAGCACUGAGCAAUGCUGUAUGUACCAGCACACCCAGCACGCUGGAGUCAGAGCCUGCAGGAAGCCGACCGCUGUGGCAUGUCGGAAGGAGCGCCCAGUGUUUGAACAGAUGAGGCGCCUGAAAGAGCGCUCUUCACGUGAAACCUGGAAAUCUGUUCCAGGUUUCCUCUUCCUGAAAACCAAACUAGGUCCCCCAAAUCAGGAGUGAAAGAAUAUUAAUUUCUAAAUUGUGAUUUUAGAUUGAUUAGGUGGUUUGAAUUGGCAUCUCCUCCCCUCUCUGGCCCUGACCUCUGCCUCCCCUCCCUGCCUUCUCUUAUCCCUCCUACUUUCUUGGCUUUUAAAUAAAAACAGCAACAGAAACCAGCUUAGCCAUGCAUCCUGUCAGCGUUUCUAGCCACUUAGCAACAGCUUCCAUCAAAAGUGCAUUUCCUGUCAAGGAGAGGAAGAAAGUGGAGAAGGGACACCAGUCAGGCUGCGACACCUGCGUAAAGAGGCCUGGGUUGCGGCAUCCGCUCUGGCCACCGAACGAGGGAGUGCCGAUGAAAUCGACAGCAGACAUCACGACAGAUCUGACCUCUGCCAUGGGUUUUUUUAUUUUGUUUUUUAGCAGUGCUGACAAAGCCGAAGUUUUGUAAGGUACAUAAAAAUCCAGUUUAUAUGUAAACAAGCAAUAAUUUAAGUUCAGAACUUAAGUGUUUUAAUUGUAUAAUUUUGUGAGGUAUACAUAUUGUGGGAUUGACUCAAAAAUGAGGUACUUCAGUAUUAAAUUAGAUUUAUCUUCAUAGCAAUGUCUCCUAACGGUGUUUUGUAAAGGCUGCCAAUGCCUUGAUUGGACCUGAUUUGUAGACUUAAGUCCUUUUGUUUUCUAAACCUUGAGAUUCUGCUCAUGAAUCAUGUAUCUAAUCUAUAUGAUAUGCAGCCGCUGUAGGAACCAAGUCUUGAUUUUAUAUGUUUAUAUUCUUUCUUAAUAAACCUUAGAAAGACUACACAUUACUAGCAGCGCACUUUUAUGGUUGUUUUUCUUGCCCACUCUGUCGGGGAAUAGCCUUUGUUAACUGGUAUCAGAUUCCAACAACUGCAGUACCCAGAACUAAGACCUUUUCAAUUCUCCGCAGCCCCAAUAUACAUACUUUGUUACCUAAAUUUCAGAAUGGUAUCUUUUUGAUGUCUAAAAACAAAACAUUUUAUAAUAUGUCAUUAGCCAAGCUUUCUAGGAACAGAAGUUUUUCCUUGAAAUUUAAC